AUGCCAUGCCACGCCCAUCCAUGUGCCCAUCAGGUCAUUCCAUGGAGCCAUGGUCGGUCGCUCAUCAACCAUGGCCGGGCAGUCCUCGCCUCGCCUGCUGACAUCAUCAUCAGCCCCACCACCAUCACUGCACCUCACGCCGUUUCUGCCUCUAAUGGCGCUGCUGAUGUUGCCAGCAGCAGUGCAAGCGGCACGGGAGUUGAGCCAUUUUGCUUCCUGGGCCUCCUCAUGCCGUCAGGCCAUGCUGCCUUCGCUGUUGCUGUUGACUCUGCCUCGUCACCAACCCAGGGCGCCUCUGCCGCCCCCCUCCCCGCCUACACCCCCCCUGCGGGCGCUGAGUGGGUAUCUCUGCGCUCGCAGGGGUCCGCGCUGCCCGCCUUUGAUGCGGGGCUGCUGGCAUACGCCAAUGGGCUCAUGGAGUGGCACAGCCGCAAUCGCUUCUGCUCGCAGUGCGCGGCGCCUCUCAUCCCAGCAGAGGGGGGCUACGCCAGGCGCUGCACCAACUCCUUCCCCGCCCCUCCUGCCCCACCUGCUGCCGCUGUGCCUCCCGCUGCUGCUGCUGCUGCUGCUGCUGCUGCUGCUGCCGGGCUGGUAGCAGCAGCGGAUGGCAACGGUGCAGCGCAGCCGUCAGCGCCAUCAUCAGCGCCGUCGCCUGCUGGGAAGCCCAAGUGCGCCGCCUCCAUCAUCUUCCCCCGCCUCGAACCAGCAGUGAUCAUGUGUGUCUCGUGGGGCGACUUUGUGCUGCUGGGCAGGAAGUCGCGCUGGCCUCCGGGGCGCUACUCAGUGCUGGCGGGGUUUGUGGAGGUGGGGGAGACGUUUGACAUGGCGGUGGAGCGCGAGGUGUGGGAGGAGGCGCGCGUGCACGUCGACGCAGACACCAUUAAGUACCAGGCCAGUCAGCCGUGGCCCUUCCCCGCGUCCCUCAUGGUGGCCUUCACCGCCCAGGCCCUGCCCUCGGGCCCGCCUGCCAUGGCCCUCUCUCAGCCGGACUACGGGCUGACAGGGGAGGAGAGGGGCGCGGCGCUGCUGCCGUGGCAGCAGCUGCCCGUGGCACGCACCGACACCAACGAGUUAGAGGAUGCGCGCUGGUUCCAUCGGGACUUCAUUCGAGCGCUCCUCAGCGACUCCGCGUGCAACACAUGGCUGCAGCAGCCGCAUGCUGACGCCUCCCCAGCCCCCCCUGCACCGCCCGCACAGCCCUCUGGCACCACGUGGGCCUUCCCCCCUCUCCCCCGCUCUGCUGUUGCCGUCCCUGGCCCCCAUGCCAUCUCCCACUCGCUGCUGGCGGGAUGGGCUAAGGGGGGUGGGGCAGGGGUUGAUGGAGACUGGCCUGGAGUAAGGGUGCCUGACGUGGAUAUCGACACAGGCAUUUUCAAGUAUGUCCUCAUUCGCCUCAAGUCGCCAGAGCACGGCCGUUCCAAGCUGAUAGUGCGGGGGGACAAGAGGGCGCCCUUCCACAACGACGUGCUGCAGCACACCGCACGUUUCAUGGCGCCCCUGGGGCUCAAGGUGGAGGCUGUAGGUGGCGGUCGGAUCAACCACGAUGCGGCAAAGAAGCAAAUUACCAUCUACGGCUUCUCACAG